AUGGAAAUGCAGGCAACAGAUUUACGAGACACUCCUCCACAUUCACAAGAAGGCAUGAUAAGAACUCGGCAAGUUGCUUAUCAUCCGACUAAAGUUCAUCAAAUAAACCAAGUUGCAUAUCAUCCUUUGGAACAUUUGCCCUCUAAUUUGACCGAUGUUUAUUCCGAGGAGCGUUAUGGCUCUGUACCACCUCGCAUCGGUUACUCAAGACAAAGCGUUGCCAUGCAAAGAUUCCCUCUAGAGUGUAACGGUCACUCGCAAGGUUAUCCUAGAGAAGCAGUGUCUGAUGGGCAAGUCCUUGUUCCUCCUACAAGGGAGUACGGCAGCCGGCUGCACCAUCUUGAGAUGCAUCCCGUGCAGUCCAGUAAUUGUCCAACAGCAUCUAUUACUCCAGUACAAAAAUCUAAGAACAUAACGCAGGUUAAUGGAUGGAACCCUGCAUCUCCCUCUACACUACCACGUUCCUCUGAUAAUGAUAAUGUGAACAACGCUGCUAAGUCAAAAACAGCAGAGCCUUUACCUUCACCUGCUAACAGAAUAUCACUUCUUGAUAAAACCAAGCUGCCAAAAAAGUCUCCGGUUGCAACAGUUCUUCCGCAAGUCCAAGCAAAACCGAAAAACGCUCUUGAUGCUGAGAUUAAAGAUCGCCCACACGACCCAUCACGCAUAUUCAAUUUUGACCUGACAACUUCUCCACAACAUGCUCAGCCAUGCAACGACCAUAACAAGAUGGAAAGUUCAGUAAAGACGGAAGAAAAACCACAAAGCCAAGCCAAAAAAACAGAUGAACGAAAAACGAAGAAAAAAGGAAGAUCAAAUAAAUUUUCAAAAGAACCAGCACGUAACUAUAGUACAAGAGCACGGACUAGAUCAGGAGUGACUUCAGAAGACUACAACAACUGGAGUGAUGAUAGAAGUUUAGACAAAUACUCAACAGCUUCUGUAAACCCUCACAAGCCUAAAACCACGAUUCCAAUGGGUCUCAAACGGAAGGUCUUUAGUGGAGUUUCACAGAAGAGCAAAAAAAUCCGAAGUGAGGACAUUGUUUGUGGCUCCAAAGAAACUUGUGAUGUUUUAGCAAAUAGAAAGCGGUCUGGCUGUUUGGCAAAUACAUCAGAAUCAAUUGAGGUAGCUUGA